AUCCCAUUUCCCAUGGAGUGUAUAUUUAUUUCCGAUAUUACAAAACACAUGCAUACUGCUAAUGAUGUGAUGUGCCACCUCAUAUCAUGCAAUUUUUCUUCGAUGAACAAAGCCAAUAACGUAAAAUUGCCCAGGGCUACAGCCCCGGCAUGAAAGGGUUCUCGCUGCUGAACGCUGAGGAAGCCCAAGGUUGUCGCCUCAGAACAAAGUGAUCAUCAUCUGCGCUUUGAGUAGGGCAUGUGAGAAGGCGGCGCCUUAAGUCUCAUGAGCCGGCUCAUAACCCAUGCCCUACUCUACCUUGCCGGCGACCAGACUAACACUCCGGGGAGCGCAGCCAACUGCCGGACAAGCUCCGCUUAAAGAUCAUUGUACGUUGCAUGUAAUCAAUGGCGUAGCCAACACAACGCCACGCCCAGGGCCAGCUUCAGUGCUACAGGGCUAAACAGUACCAAAUCGUCAUAUUAUAUGUACAAUGAACGAAGAAAGUUGUUGCCACGCCCUGGGCCAAGGCCCCUGUUGCCCGGCUUCGCUACACCACUGUAUGUAAUAAUAUGGAUUUGAGAUUUGCAGGUAUCCAGAUGUGGAAUGCAUUAUUUAAGACGUGACCGGUUAAUGUUAGCGGACGCGUCCGGACGUGUACACGGGUGUUUGAGAGGUCGGACUUGUCAAAUCCGGCGGUAGAUGCUCUCGCAUGUUGUUCUGCCCAUUCAUCUGCACCGAUGACACCAAUAUGCAUACUAAAUACAUCACAUUUGGCGCCACACGGACGCAUUCAACUCCCAUACAAUUGCCACCACUCGCCAGCUGCUGUCGCUACCUCAGGCCAGAGAUAAGAAUCGUCGAAUGGCAACGGUGAUAACUACGUAUACUUACGUGCCAUGCAUAGUGAUUGUCGAGCUCUGUCCCUCCGAAUAUUACAUGCAAAGCCAGAGCUAAAAGCACAGUACACAAGUCAGGAAAGCUAUUGUAAUCAUUUCGCUAGGUUUAGCUGCUUACUCGGUGAUGACUUCCAAGCAGACGCUCGUCGUCGCGAUCGCCGUGGCCGCCCUCACCAUCGCCUUCCUUCCGGGGCUCGCCGUCGCCAUGGAACACGUGGUCGGCGACGACAAGGGCUGGGCCCUCGAUUUCAACUACACGGCCUGGGCUGAGGCCAAUCAGUUUGUGAUCGGCGACACGCUAGUGUUCGAGUACGGGAUCGCCGGCCACGACGUGGUGGAGGUGGGCGGGCCGGAUUUCCUCGCUUGCAACCAGCCGGAGAACGCCGUCGUCUGGUCCUCCGGUGAGGACCGGGUCGCGCUCCACAAGGCCGGACCGCGGUGGUUCUUCUGCGGCACGGACCAGCACUGCGAGAGGGGGAUGAAGCUCAAGAUCACCGUCCUCGAGACCGCCCCACCGGCUCCCCAACCCAAGCCCCCGUUGGUUGCUCCACCGCCGUCCAGCCCCGCAGGCAAGCUGGGGGCGUGCUUGGGGGAGGCAGCUGCCGUGGUCACCGCGCUCGCCGUGGCCAUGCUCGUGCUCUAGGCUCCUACUCCAUCGACAAGGUUUCUACUACAUAUCUGACCCAGCGAGACCGUCGUGUUAUUAUACCGUUGUGAAUUUGAGCCCUUGAAUUUUUCUUCGGUCCAAGAUUCAUUUUUUUUCUUAGUAUGAAGGUGUGAGUGUUUUUUUUUAUUACUGAAGCAUUU